AGAUCGAGGUGUUCACUCUGCUCACCUGCAGGACAGAAACAUGGCUCUCCUGAAGACCACACUCAGUGUCCUCGCCCUCCUCUUGCUCUCUGAACGCUCCUGGGCCGAAGAGAAGGACCUGUCUGUGUCUGAAAUCCUGUGGAGGGCCAACAAGGAUGUUGUACGCAGGGAGGAUGGGCCCUUGGUUAUUGAUGACAUCGCCUAUGUACGUGAGGAGGAGAGGAAUGCUGAUCCUUGCACCGAAACAGGCUGCAUGUGGGAAAAAUCUGCAGAUGGAAAAGUCUACGUGCCCUACGUCAUCGCAGGACAUUACACCUCUCGCGAGCGCUCCAUCAUCGAGCGUGGGCUGAUGUCCUUCACCGAUGUUUCCUGCAUUCGUUUCGUCCCACGCUCCAGUCAGAGAGCCUACCUGAACAUCAUGUCUGACAGCGGCUGUUACUCUUACGUUGGCCGAAUUGGUUCUGCUCAGACGUUGUCUCUGGACCGUAAUGGCUGUAUUUACCACAACACAGUGCAGCAUGAGCUCCUCCACGCGCUCGGCUUCAACCAUGAACAGUGCCGCUCUGACAGGGACCAGUACAUCAGGAUUCUGUGGCAGAAUAUCAUGCCUGGCUUGGCAUACGCCUUCGACAAGCUCAACACUCUGAACAUGAACACACCCUACGACUACAACUCUGUCAUGCAGUACCACAGGUACGCCUUCUCUGCAAACAAUCAGCCCACCAUGGUUCCAAUCCCCAAUGCCAACGUUGAAUUCGGCACCGCCACAGAGAUGAGUCAAAAUGACAUCCUCAGACUGAACAGGCGCUACAAUUGUUGAACAGUGAAGUAAACACACUGGAGCCCUGAAACCAGCUGUCAGACAUUCAGAUGUUUUUCUCUCUUUAUAAUAAAGUCAAAGACAUCACAUGGACAGUAAACCCUCA